AAACUACCUGGGAAAGCUUACAAGCAGCAACAUAUAUUGGGUGGAAGACAAGCCAAGUCCAUUGUGUUGGAACCAUGGUCGUUGGGAAGAAGUUGGCCAAAGAGUCCCUGCUGCCGUCUGUGCUGGAGGAUGAUGACGCGGAGACGGAGAGCGAGAGAGCGCAGCUGGGUGGGAUAGGGAGCCGACCACCCAGCAGACCCAGGAAAGCUUUCAGUAGGGGAAGUGUUGACCAACAGACAGUGACCCGGUCAGGGUCCGGCCGCCACUCUAGCCCUGAGGGGGAGGUGUCAGUCAGGGGUGAGAGAAAGGAGGAGGAGGAGGAGGAGGAGGAGGAAGAAGAGGGCAGUGGAGUUGGCGAUGGAGACUCACAGGAGAGGGGGAAGGAAUGUGUCAUCACAGCUGCAGAUGAGGACUAUGACACAGACUUGGAGCUGGGAGAUGUGAAGGAGGCGUAUGACCCGACGGGCCAGACUCGAUACAAGGAGGCGUGUAGAAUGUUCAACGUAGUCCCUGUAUCCUAUUUCCUGAAACACAUGGGCAAUACUGAGCUAACCAUGAUGCACCAUGGCCUCGGGCCUCAGGGCACCAAAGCACUGGCGGUUUCCUUGGUAACCAACACUUCCCUCCUGAAGCUGAACCUCAGGGAUAAUUGCAUGGAAGGGACUGGCGGGGCUGCCAUGGCCGAGAUGUUAAAGGAGAACUGUUACAUCACAGAGGUGGACCUGGGGGAGAACAGGCUGGGGGAGUGUGGUGCCCAGACCCUGUCCAGUAUGCUGCAAGAGAACACCACACUGGUCUCACUCAGCAUGUCUGGGAACGAGCUGGCUGACCGGGCCGCACAACACCUGGCCCAGACCCUGACCUCCAACACCAAGCUGGAGACCCUAGACCUCAGUCACAACACCAUAGGAGAUGCAGCAGGUCAGGUCCUGGGACAUGCUAUCGCUGAGAACACAGGGCUGAAAUCCUUGAGUCUGGCCUGGAACUGUAUACGUGGGAAAGGAGCGGUGGCUCUGGCUAAAGGCCUUGGGGCCAACAUAUUCCUCAGAACACUGGAUCUGUCUUACAACGGCCUGGGUAAGGAUGGAGCCGUAGCUUUAGGAGAGGCUCUCAAAGACAACAACACUCUAGAGGACCUCAAUAUAAGUAACAAUCGAAUACCCCCUGAAGGUGCGAUCCGCUUCACUAUGGGCCUCAAAGUAAACAAGACAAUAAAAAAACUCAAUAUGGGGAGGAAUCCUAUACAGACUGCCGGGUGUUACGGAGUCCUGAAAGCAAUCCAGGGAAACGCAGAAUCAGCUAUGGAGUGCCUGGACUUUUCUGACAUAACAGUGAAUCAGGACUUUGAGGAUUUGUACGUUGCCUUAAAAGACAUAUUCCCAAACAUCAGAGUCAAACAUGGAGGAAGAAUCGACACAUUCAGAAAACCAAAGGCCUAAUGGCCUGGUUUGACCCAUCAAGAGGAAAUACUUUCUUCAAGACAGCAAAGCAUCUGGAAUAUCAGAUGUUUAUGAAUUCUAGGUGAAUUGAAUGCACAAUGCAUUGACAACCUUUCUCACCUACAGCACCAAGACAACUUGUCAAUUGUAUUGAAGAACUACAGUACUUCUACUUUACAUCUUAGCUUGUGGAAAUGGGUAUUGCAUUUUUGGGAACAUCAUGAUCUGUAUAAAUUAUAUAAUGCUUUCACAUCCAAUCUGUACUGUGUACAUUUCUAUAUGGUCUGUGUUGGACAAUGUGUACAGAUAAUAGGGCCUACCCUCCAGACCAUCACACUCAUAUUUUCAACCUGGACUCAGGGGUAGACGGUAUAUAGUAAACAAAAUCCUGGGCACUCCAAUCAGGGUGUGAAUGUUAUUUGUAAUUAGAUAGAGAAAAUCGGACCUCUCUGAGAUGAAAAUGGAUGGCCAUCCCUUCAGCGAAGUUUAUUUGACCUAAACCCUCCCUAGACGUUUGAAAAAUAACAAGUGACCCUCCCCUAUACCCAAAAGAAUAAUGAAAACAUAAAGUGGAUAGCAAAGAACAUCCUUACCUCACUUCUUGGACAGACCAGAGCCUUAUGCCGUUUUAGAAACUGUUCUUAGUCCUGUAAGCAUUUCAUGGCAACACAUGGCUUGGGGGCCAGAAGAUUGUGGGUUCACAGACCACUAUGGACCACAGUAGUGGUGGGAAAAGUAUUGAAUUGAUCUAUCAUUGUAUUUCCAGGUCUGAGAUAAAAAAUUGCUUUUUGUCAUGCAAUUCUGCAUAAUUUUACAUACUGUAUUUACAAAAUAUUUUUUAAUACCACACAAAUUACUGAAAUUACAGGCUAAGAAUAGACAGAGAGAUAGGCCUUAUGUGUUCAUCUUAUCAUAUUCCUCCAAUGCCAAAUCAGUGUGUCUUAUUUGCAAUGAAACUCUCCCUGUUUGCAAAUAAUGAAAUCAGAAAUGUCAUAAGGAAUCUGAGCAUGGCAGUUUCAAAAGUUAGGUCUACCUUUCCACCCCAGACAGUAGGCCUAACUUUCCACCGCAGACAGUAGGCCUGCCUUUCCACCCCAGACAGUAGGCCUAACUUUCCACCCCAGACAGUAGACCUGCCUUUCCACCCCAGACAGUAGGCCUGCCUUUCCACCCCAGACAGUAGGCCUGCCUUUCCACCCCAGACAGUAGGCCUAACUUUCCACCCCAGACAGUAGGCCUGCCUUUCCACCCCAGACAGUAGGGCUGCCUUUCCACCCCAGACAGUAGGCCCGCCUUUCCACCCCAGACAGUAGGCCCGCCUUUCCACCCCAGACAGUAGGCCUAACUUUCCACCCCAGACAGUAGGCCUAACUUUCCACCCCAGACAGUAGGCCUGCCUUUCCACCCCAGACAGUAGGCCCGCCUUUCCACCCCAGACAGUAAGCCGACCGACACAGACAAAUGUAAGCUUUAACUGCUGGUUCCUCUUCUUCCUUGGCUUAACCCAACAGAGGUAACAAGUGUUUUCUAAAAGCUGUCUGAGUUUAAACAUCUUCUAUUGUACAGAAUGUAAAUAGCUUAAUCAAUUGAUAGUGACAGAAUUAGAUUACUUCCCAAGCAACCAUGUUCUGUCUCCUCGGCUAUAAAAGAUUGUAGCUCAGUCUCUGAAUGUCAAAGAAAUUAAACAAUGAUAUCACCCAUAUGCAUUCAUGUCUUUCCGGUGUAUUUUACAGCUUGUUUCUAGCAUAAAGCAUUGCGGACCAAAGUGCUGUUAUUGAUCACAUUAUAACAUUUUUGCAAAAUCUUAAACUAACAAUGUGCCUGUUCUUUUUGCAUUUUCUUUAAUAAGAGGUAGGCCUAUGGCAUACCCUCUCAUACCCCGUCAAUUCGAGUCCUGGUUUUAACUUAACAGCCUGUCACUGACAUGGAAUUUAGGCUAUUUGAAGAGUGCAUGGAGGGUGGAGGAAAUUGGCCAACAAAUCUACGUAUGUCAAAAAGAAAGGAAGACCAAGGCUCUCUC